AAAAAUGCGUAUUUUUCUUUGUGCUCUACUUUGUCUGGCUUGGACAUUUGCAGGCGCCAACAAGCCUGAAGUCGUCCUGCUCGAUUUUGUUACGUCGGGUGAGCGCAUUCGCUCCCAUGGAUACCCGAUGGAAACCCAUACGGUCACCACCGAGGACGGUUACGUGCUGACUCUCUUCCGCAUACCCUACUCGCACAAGCUGCAGAAUCAGAAUGCAGAGCGUCCGGCGGUUCUGCUCCAGCACGGACUCUUUAGUAACUCCGACUGCUGGCUGAGCAGCGGUCCAGACAACUCGCUGGCCUAUCUAUUGGCCGAUGCCGGCUACGAUGUCUGGCUGGGAAAUGCACGCGGCAACAUCUACUCGAGGGAAAAUGAAGUGAUCUCCUUGAAUAAUCCAAAGUUUUGGCACUUUGACUGGCACGAGAUCGGCACCAUUGAUAUUCCGGCUAUGAUUGAUUAUAUCCUGGAAGAGACAGGCCAGUCACAAGUGCACUACGCUGGUCACUCCCAAGGCACAACCGUCUAUUUGGUCAUGCUUUCAGAGCGUCCGGAAUAUAAUGCCAAGAUCAAGUCCGGCCAUCUCUUGGCCCCAUGUGCUUUCUUCGAACACGGCGCUUCUCCGGUUUUCAAAUACGUGGGAGCUUUGGUGGGCACACCAGGUGGUGUGUGGAAUCAACUUCUUGUUGAUACGGAGCUCAUUCCCCACAAUGCGCUGGUCAAUCGCUUUGCGGACACCGCAUGUGGGGAACAUAGCGAACAUGAUGAGUACUGCAGAAAUGCCUUUGUACUCUUUGCCAACGGCGGAUAUCAGAACACCAAUGUGACAUCACUGCAGGUCCUCAUUGAAACUCAUCCGGCUGGCUCCUCGAGCAAUCAGGGCAUACAUUACAUGCAACUGUGGGCCUCCCAUGAGUUCCGCCAAUACGAUUGGGGCACCAAGAAGAAUCGGCAACUUUAUGGCCAGGACUUGCCACCAGACUACGACCUCAGCAAAAUUACGGCUGCCACACACUCUUAUUCCAGCCACAACGACGCUCUCUGUGGACCUCAGGAUGUCGACACCUUGGUCUCCCAGUUCACCCAUUUGACUGAGGAUCAUCGCAUACCCUUGCAAAGCUUCAACCAUUUGGAUUUCAUUGUAGCCAAGAAUAUGAAGGAAUUGGUCAAUGAUUUGGUGGUGGAACGUAUAAAUAGCUAUGAAGGCUAAUGGAAACCAAAAUGAAUAAUAAAAACUUGAAAUGCAUAUA